GCAGCUAUCACGACCGGCGGGGGGCAUGAGGGCUGAAGGGGACUGUGUACGUGCGCCGGUCGAGCCGGCUUCGCGGCCGCUACUCCUCCAGUCCUCAGUUGGAUUUUAGAACAUCAGACGGGCGGGCGUGUGUAGGAUGGAUCGUUAGCAACAUCAGCAGUUUUUUUCAUUCCGCCUUCUAACAGUGUUUGUUUAUUACCUUCUGGCACACUUUCCGUAAAUCCUUCUCGACGGUGGUGCUUUUUAUUUUAAUUUGACGUUUAUUUUCUAUCUUACCUUAAUAAACGUCGUCCCGAUUUCAAGUCGAGAAGGCGGCCGCACAAGUUUGAAAGCGGCUUUUAAGAGUAGUAACACCUACUCGAAAUUUUUCAAUAUUGCUGCAUCAACUCAUCAGGCAGUUAUCAAGAUGGUGAAGAAGGUUUCAGAAGAGAGCGUAGAUAGUGGAGUCGGUCGCUGCAGCAGCCAGUCGGGCAGCGAGCGGGAGUCGGACGAGAUCCCGCGGGUGGUGGAACCCUCUGCCCCAGUCCCCAUCCCCGACAGCGAGGACCUGCAGCGUCGCAAGGAGGAGGCGCGCAGGAAGCGCCGCAGGAAGAAGCGCUCGGGCAGCUCCGUGGUCACAUCAUGUUUCCAAGAUCUGUACAAAUUGACGGGCGAGGUACUCGGCGAGGGCGCGUACGCCUCGGUGCAGACAUGCGUGAACAUCUACACGGAGCAGGAGUUUGCGGUGAAGAUCAUUGACAAGGUACCGGGGCACGCCCGUGCCCGGGUGUUCCGCGAGGUGGAGACCUUCCACUACUGCCAGGGACACCCGAACAUAAUCCAGCUCAUUGAAUUCUUUGAGGACACCGACAAGUUUUAUCUUGUCUUCGAAAAGAUCAACGGCGGUCAGCUUUUAUCGCGCAUACAGGAGCACCACUACUUCUCCGAACCGCAGGCGGCGGAGAUAGUGCGCGAGCUGGCGAACGCCUUGCAUUUCCUGCACGGCAAGGGCGUCGCCCACCGGGACCUCAAGCCCGAGAACAUUCUGUGCGUGCACACAGACCGCCUGUGCCCCGUGAAGAUCUGCGAUUUUGAUCUGGGCAGCGGCAUUAGUUUCACGUCGAGCCUCGCUAGUCCGCUGGCCACGCCUCAGCUCAUGACACCGGUUGGCAGCGCGGAAUUCAUGGCGCCCGAAGUGGUGUCCCUAUUCGCGGGCUCGGCGGCGGCGCACUACGACAAACGCUGCGAUCUGUGGUCGCUCGGCGUGAUCGCGUACAUUUUGUUGUGCGGCUACCCGCCAUUCCGCGCGGACUGCGGCACCGACUGCGGCUGGGAGCGUGGCGAGAACUGUCGCGCUUGUCAGGACCUGCUCUUCACCUCCAUUCAGGAAGGGCGGUACAGUUUCCCCGAGGAGGAGUGGGCGCACAUCUCGUACGAGGCGAAGGACCUAAUCCGGCAGCUGCUGGUCCGCGAGGCUUCGCACCGACUGAGCGCUGAGAGAGUGCUGCAGCACCCCUGGCUGCGACGCGCCGACCCGCGCGCCCGGCACCCGCCACUGCUUACGCCCGCCAACAUUAAAAGAAACAUGUCGGCGCGCAACCUAAGCAACUUCGCCGAAUCCGCGAUGGCGGUGAACCGCGUUAUCCAGCAGCACUUCUCCAUGAACUACUCGUACAUGGUGCGUCCGCCUUCAGCGUUACGUUGCAGCAAAUCCUGCUACCCGAGCCCCGACGCGGUGGAAGACGAAAUAGGGACACCGCUGGGGCUCUCACCACCCGCCGAUUCCGAGCUGCUGCGCCGUCGGCACGCCGACAAACCACUAGCAGUGCAUUAGCCUCCGAUCUCAAUCUACCUUACUACUUACUACGAAAUCAUAGAGUUAUAAGAAUAGAGUUGGGGAGAUAUAGACUCUACUACAACUGGAAGUGUCCCUCUAAUAGAAAGAGAAAGAAGAUGAGAGACCGCUAGCUUUCUCUCUCUAAUCGCGCAUGCGCAUUGGCGACCGUAAGCAUCUUACUAUUCCGAUGUGUUGCCAUUGGAUGCCAUGCGUCACAAGAAAGAGAUAGCUAGCGGUGUCUCAUCUUCUUUCUCUUUCUACUAGAGGGACACUUUUAGAGCCGCCUUCCCCGCUCUAUUCUUAUGCCUCUAUGUACGAAAUUGACGUCUGCGCAAGAGUUGCCUGUCAAACAGUGCUGCAGCUUCAAAGACUUUUAUAACUGAAUCGGCGACUCGUAAACGCGCGUCUUAUGGCGUUGUCCCUUUCUAUCGCGUAGAACACAUCACUAGCGACCUCCUUCGUACUAGAGAAUGUCGUUUCUCCCUUCACGAUAGAGAGAGGACGAUUCUGUCACUUUUGCAUCGAUAAUGCGAAAUGAAAACAGUGACGUUUAUUAAAACAGUUUUGUAGUAAGGUUACUUAUGUGGUUACUGUGCUCCAAAAUCCUACCAGUAGGUCGACAUUUUACAAUAAUUACCCGCCUUCACGUUCGACAACUUCAAUUUAAUUGUAUUCUUACUACAUUGUUUGAGAGUUCAAUUUCGAGCCAAACGGAUCACGGGGAACUUUUGAUUGUUUGAUAGAAAUAGUAACUUCUGGUAGGACUAUGGAUUUUAGGCGGUUAGCUGCGCCAUCUCACACUUGUCGCUCCCUCACUCCGCUCCCACCAAGCGUUAACUAAUGCUUGAAACACUAAGACCCAUAUUAUAGAAUGAUUCUCAGUGAUUGAUCUAGUCUUGAGCAUAGUUAUAGAAAGGGAUGUCGCUAUAUAAAGCACAUAGCGACAUCCCUUUCUAACUGUACUCAAGUAAAGAUCAACACUUAGUUGAUAUUCUGUAAUACGGGCCUAAGUAUGCAAAGCGUUCCGUUACACGCACAAAGUACGUCCCCACCGAAAAUGGCGCGUUCGACACUCCCCGAUUUGUAAAUUUUCUAAGUCAUUUGUAAAUUUUACAAGAUGAACUUUUAAAUGUAGCUUAACAUUAGCUGGUUUAAGAGAUAAGAUUUGUAAAAUAUUAAGUGUUUUGUCGAGGGUCGAACUGGGUCGGCAGGUCGUGGCGAUUCAUAGCGGUGUUGGGAAUCGCGAUGAGACAAGAAUGUUUACGAUAGAGGACAGACCAAACGAGGUUCGCUAACGUUCCCCCGAAGGCAGUUUGACAAUAGAAUUUCUGUGUAUCCACAUUUUCAAUGUAACGUAUUUAAAAUUACGAAAGAGAGAGAGAGAGAAGACGCCGUUUGACGGCGGAACCUUAACGGAUCUCGAAUACAGCACAAACAUGUGACCUUAGUUCGCAACUCAUCUCAGCUACAAUCCCAGUGAUAAAAUAGUUGCGAAACUAUUAAACUAUAAAUAGUUUCCAAAGUGCCUAGUACGAGGAUUUGAAGUAUUCGAAAACUGCGUUCGCCUCUUUACAGCGGCGAAUCUAAAGCGUCGCUGUCAAAUUAAUACUACAGACAAAAUUAUAUGAUCGUAGUUUCCGAAAACUAUUAAAACUCGCAUCAGGCACACUGUCCUCGCCACCUUCGCCCGGACGUGGUCUGGACAUUCCACCGGUCAGUCCAACUAUUGCUUCGUAAAAAGAUUCCCCCUGGGUUAAUACACUACAUUUAUAGUACAAAAUACUUUAUAACGUUUUUAAAAGUAUCAAGUAUAAUAUUUACGUAUAAUGAAAGAUUUAUUGGGAGAACAAAAAUGUACGGCAAUAGAUGGACUGAUCGCAUUCGCGGUAGUCCGAUGGGGACGCAUAUCGGUGCGCUGGACGUCCGUUGGAAUAUAGACUCUAUUUAUAGCGUGUGUAGUGCGAGUCCCGAGGACUCUGUGGCGGCGACAGUGACGUAAGGCCGCGUGGGGCGCGAGUGCCGAAGGACUAUUCCACCAGUGAUAGUUGCCGGCCGUUACUAGGGCCGGCGCCCGUAGAGCUGUAACGGUUUUAUUUGAGCCUUUUAAAGAUAUAUUUUUAUGAAUAAAUAAAAACGACUGAAUAGUUUUUAUCGAGAUAUGUAGAGUAUUUGUGAGUUUUAUGUUGCGGCGGUGCGCGUGCGCCGCUGGAGACCGAAA